CGAUAGUCAAUUAUCCAUCCCAGAAUAUUUCCAAUUUGUCAGGGCUUAGGGUUUCAGCUCCUCUUCAGAUGUUCAAGAGCAAAAUCAAUACGAUCCUUGUAAAAAGCUGCUUCUUCAUUCUGUACAUCGGAAGAUUAGCUAAAGAGGCGAGAGAGUGAUUAAACGAUGGCGUUUAGAGGGAAGGAGAUGAUGAAGAAGGUACUAAAGAAGGCAGGGGAGAGCAACUUAACUCCUAAAGUUAAGGAAUCUCUCAAGAAAUGCAUACCUGAUAACAAGCUUGUUAUGGGCAGAGCCAAGCGCGGUAUGUUUGCCGGCAAACACAUUCAAUUUGGCAAUCAAAUCAGUGAAGAUGGCGGUAACAAGUCUAAGAGGACUUGGAAGCCAAACGUCCAGGAGAAGAGGCUCUUUAGUUACAUCCUAGAUCGCCACAUCCGAGUCAAAAUAACAACUUAUGCCCUUCGUUGCAUAGACAAGGCAGGAGGGAUUGACGAGUAUCUGUUGAAAACUCCAUAUCAGAAAAUGGAUACAGACAUCGGCCUCUUCUGGAAGGCUAAGAUCGAAAAACUCUAUGAAGAUCUUGGGAACAAAGAAGUAAUCUUCUUUUCACCCGAAGAUGAAGCGAACUUCGAACAGGGUUUCAAAGAUUUAAAAUUAUCGGAACGAGAAGCUCGUAAGGAAUUCAGAAAAGAGAUGUACGCUAAAUUGUCGAAAGAGAAGCAUACCGACGAACAAAGAAGCUACAUCAGUUUUGUCUUAGCGGGCGCUGACGAUUAUCCUGAUAAAAUGGUGGCUAACUAUUGAAUUUUAACCUGAAGAUGUUCACUUUUUUUAUAUUUUUACAUGGAUCCGUUCUAUCAAACACUUGUAAUCUUCUAUUGUACUGAUUAUGAUUUUUUUUUUCUUCAUUACAAUCAAAUUUAGGAGUAUUUUGUUUGUACUUUUAGUACUAAAGUUUUUCAA